AUGGCAGACACGAUCACGCUUGCCACAGCAGACGACCCUCCCAAAAUCCUCACACACUCUCGCGCCAUUCUCGCGGCACACUCCACCGUGUUUCGCGACCUGUUCUCCCUCCCAACCUCGGCCGCACCUCAAGCCGAGUCGACCUGCAUUGCUCCAUCCAUCAACAUCGCCGAAAGUGAGGCGGAGAUUGCCCCGUUCCUUUCGAACCUUACGGGUGAGCUCGGCGGCGAGUCCGUGCUUUCGGACGCCCAGUGGAUCAGCGUCGCGCGACUGGUCGACAAGUACGACAGCCCUGUCGCCCGCGUUUUCGUCGAGAACAUGGUCAGAUCAUGCACCAAGGACGAGUCGGCUGCGCUUGCGCUCACACUCGCGACAUACACAUCCAGCACGGCUUUACGCGUGCAGUGCGCCUUUCGCGUACUGGAUGUCGCGGACCAGAACGAGGGCCACUUCGAUGCAGACAAGGUCCCGCUCUCGCUUCCCGCUCAUGUUGAGCAUAACUUGGCGAGAUGGAAAGAGUCGCUCUACCAUCAUGCGCUGCGUGUAGGCCUCCAACACUGCCCUGAUACAGAUUAUCCCGGCGUCUGCGGGGACGACCGCUGCAACAUGGGUGCUAGAGAGCGAGCAUGGCUCGAAGGCAUGCGGCGGCUCGCCGCAAUCGACCCCAGCCAAGCGCCGCUCAACGCGCCCUUCUUCCCGAUGAUGGACGAAGGCGAGUGGUCACCCCAAGACUUCGGCAUCUGCUCUGAGCAUGUCCGAGACUUCAUGGACCCGGUCCGGUGGGCUGAGUACGAGUACCGCAAGAAGGCACCACCCUUUCCAGUCUGA